AGGGAAAGAAUCUUCUUAAACAUGAGGUGAGGUCGGAGAUCUUUUCCUCUGAAUCCAAAACUCAGAGUUCAGACCGUGCAAUGGAUCUGGGCUUGGCUGAAGACCACUUCUCUCGACCUGUGAUGUCAUGACCUGUAGGUGGUGCCGUCAUCAAAUGUGGCAGCAUACCAAGUUUUGUUUCACAGGAUUGCAAAGAUACAACUUCUCAUCUGAUUUUGGGUGGACAUUUUUAACUCUGUAUUACUGUAACUUUUAGAAGUCUAAAUGCUGUUUGGUCAGCUCUGUCUAAUCAUAAUCUGUGCAGAUUUUGUUGAUAAUCGGGCAAAAUUUGAAGGAGAAAAAACUGUAAAACACUACUUUUUAAAAUGGAGUCUUAAUGCAAGACAUUGAAUGGGAUAAGCAUGAAAAUCAUAAUCAAAUAAACUAAGAAUUUUAUUUCUAGUAGAAAGAGUUCAAAAAUUACAACCAAGUCAGAGCCAUAGCCUUGUAGGCAGUGCUCCAGCAUAUAGUGCAACAGCAACCCAAGUUCGAGUGACGGGUUGUGGACUUUUGCCGAUCCUGUGUCAAGUCAAGUCACCUAUAUUUAUAUAGCGCUUUAUACAAUGCAGAUGGUUUCAAAGCAGCUUUAAAGCGAUAAAUAGGAAAAUAACGAUUCAAUGAUGCAAACAGAAUUCAACUCUGCUGUAAAGCAGCUCUAAAAAGACAAUAGUAAACAGUCAUUAUUCAUUUGAAAUCAGUUCAUUGUUGAUUCAUUUCAGCUAUAAAGCAGCUCUUUACAGAAGAUUGUUCUAGUAGACACGAGACAGACCGACUAAUAUUAGCUCUAAUCAAAGGCUCUACAAUGUGAAUCUCAAAAGCAAAAAGCACUAUUAAGAUUUUUUUUAUGUAAUUGCACUGCAUGUUAUAUUUAUUAAGUUCAGAUGAGAUCAUUCUCAGAAAGAAGCAAUGUCUGGAACAGAUGCAACUUCUUGCACAAUUUCUGGCCACAGUACUUCUUGCAGUCUGGGAAUGUGCCACACUGGAUUUGAACCCGCAACCUGAAAGGUUCGGGGCUUGUGGCUUAGAAAGUUGCACCACUCAGUUGAUGCUGAUUCACUAGGCUGCUGAGGAGAGUUUUCAAGGCAAGAACGUGCACACCAAAGCAUUAGUUAGCAUAUUAACCAAUUAGCAAGCUAAGAUAACUUGGGAACUAAUUAAAUUAUGUUUAAUCCACAUUAGAAAAUAAUGGCCUCUGUUUAGAAUGCUAUUUGAUUGGCAAGCUAAGCUAUUUAGCAUAGGACAACAAAGCAUAGGUCAUAUUCAGAACGUUAUUUCUCGGGACCGGUAGCAAAAAAAUCCGUUCAGUAAUUUCUUUGUGGAUCGGUCCAAAGGUCAUCUGAGCUGAUUUUGGAUGAAGUUGGACAAAAUUUGUAGCAGGAGCAGCGAAAAAAACUAGUUUUCAUUUACUUCAGUAUGGCGACCAGGCAAAUUAAUGGAAAACGACAAGUGAGAUGUUGUUAUUGUGAGGGUACACAGAUAAAAGAUUUGCCAUUUCAAAUGAUGUAUUACUCGUUUCUACAUGACAAAUAAUGACUGUUAUGAUAAAAAAAUCCAGCAGGAUCAUCCACCUCCCAUAGGAUGUGAGGGGAGGAUGCAAGGAAAGAAAACAAGGAAGGAGAUGUUAUUUGUAUAUUGGAAUGUUCUUGAUCACUCAAGCGUCACUUCAAAGUGUCAUCAGCUGUGCUCGAGGGAUCUGCCCCCAUGUUGUUAAGUUUGGUUAUUUAAAAAAUUCAUAAUAAAUAUUAAUAAUGCAGGAUGUCCCAUUGAAAUAUGUGAGAUGUAAAAGUUUAUUUAAACUGCAAAAAUAAAGCAUGCAUUUAAAUUAUUGUGACAGAUGUGAAGGGGGUUUCUUUGUGCAUCAGUUUUCUCAAUGAGAAAGACUUCUGAAUAGGAUACACCUGUGUAUACUCGAUCAUAGCUCCUCGGGAAGCUUCCUCACUCUUCGUUCCUCGCCUCCUCAUGGUGUAAUUAGAGAAUUGAGAUGUCCUUCAAGAUGGCUGAGUUCGAUCGGUUUCCGGGUCACAGGUUGGAGGAUGUACAAGCGAGGAAACGAGUAUGCAUCAAUUUGAAUACUGAGAAGCACCCAAUCAUUCGUGGAUAUAAUGAGGUUUAAUAAAUGAAACUACGGGGAACAUACAACUAAACUAAUCAAAAGCAUAUAUACAGAAUGAAGAAAAGUAAAGAAAAGAGAAAAAGAAAAUACUAAAGCUGUGAUAUAUUUACAAAUCUGGAUACGAGCAUUUGUUAUGUUAGUUGUUAUGUUAGUUAUGUUAAAGAGUUGUAUCUAAGUUAAUAUAGCACAGAGACAUGCAGUGCUUGUGGUCAGAAUUAUUGGCACCCUUGGAAAAUAUGAUCAAAGAUGACUGUAAAAAUAAAUCUGCAUUGUUUAUCCUUUUGAUCUUUAAUUCAUAAAAUGAGCAAAAAUCUAACAUUUCAUUGAAGGAAAAGAAUUGAAAGUGGGGGGAAAAUCACUUUAUGAAAUAAAUGUUUUUCUCCAAUUCAUUAGUAAUUUAUCGUAAGUAAUUUAUCACCAAGACAUUUAUCUUCAUUUAGUUCAGCAUUGUUCUCACUGCCGGAAUGGUACUUUUAAUGCACACAUACUGUACAUAAAAUAAAAAACUUUAUAAGCCAUUAGGCUAAACUCCCAUGUGUUCAUACUGAAAUUCGAGCUGGUGUAAAGAAAGGAAAUUUCUGUGUAUUCAGUGUAUGUAUCCUUCUCCUCCUCCAAAUCCUCCUCCUCCUCAGCAGGCCAUAUGAUAUUAGUUUGUAAUCUUGAUGCUACUUAAAAGUAGGCCUAGUAUGGCCUAGAAUCUGCACUAAUACAUGCAUAAUUUCACCUGUCUGCUGAGCAGGGGCGAUUCCAGAAUUUGAUUCAAUAAUAAUUGAACCAACAAUAAUAUAUUGUUGUAAUUUAAGGGGAUUUUACAAAAUAUUACUAAAAUAUUUAAUAAAUAUUUCUCUCUAACUUUUUCACCAUUUAUCAUCUGUAAUACCAUCAUGUAACCACUAGAUGGCUGGAUAGCCCUAUAUAUAAAUAAACUUGGCUGUGUGAAUUGUAAGUUUUUGCAUUAGUCAAAUCUGGGCACAAAGAAAGCAUUUUGUUACUCAUACUAGCUACAUAUAAUAGCUUGAUCAGUCACAUGAAAAUAAUCAAUCAAUAUUGACUCAGUCUCAGUGCGACCAGGGCGAUAUUUCAAAAUAUAUAAUUGAGUGUUAUACCAUGAACAGAGGACUCUGAAUUAUGCAUAUCCAUGUCAACAGUAUCGACACUGAAAUGAAUCUGCAGCAGUCAGGUACAAGCUCUCUAAGUUGUACAAUCAUUAUUAUUGUAAUGUAAUGUGCUUUGAGACAUGAGGUAGUUUAACACCUCUUGUAGUGUUGUCAUGAUACUGAAAUUAUGACUUCGAUACGAUACCUGAAUAAAAAAAAAAAAAAGUAAAAGUAAUUCAAUGAUAUGACAGAACUUAAAAUUCAUUGUUUUAUAAAUUAAAAAAUAAUAAUAAUUAAAAAAAAUAAUAAUUACAUGCUACAGUGUGAACUUAAUGUGAUUGUUGCAUCAUGCUAACAUUCUGAACAGGCUGGGAUAGGGAUGGGUGACAUUUAUUUCAUUAUAUGAGUAAUUUAAUAUUUUUUUUAAAUGUAAUUUUAUAAUCACAACAUAGUUACUUAAUUUUAUUUUAUCUCUGUUACUGUAACGCCACGCCAGCAGAGGGAGCCCUCUCCUGAAUACUGAAUGUAUGCCGCUCCCUCUGCUUCACUGGUUACUUCCUGUUUGGUGGACAUUUAAGUAUGGCCUUGCUCCUUGUACUUCGCGAAGUAUUGCCAGCCUGUCUGCCUUACCGAGCGUUUUCCCAUUGCUAUUAUUUUGCCUUAUUGUGUAUGAUCAUUGCCUGUUUCACCUGUUUACUGCCUUUUGGAUUGCCCACUGUUCUGUUGCCUGGAUUGGACUGCCUUACUGUGUUUACACCUCUGCCUGCCUCAUUUUACGAUUAUUUGCCUGCUGUUUUGGAUUUGUUUGCUGUGGAUACAUUAAACACUGCACAUGGAUUCUAAUGCCGCCUCAGCGUCCUUACAUAAUACUUUGCCACCGAAGAAUCCAGCAGAUGUUACGAAUCUACAGGCCGCGUUCGCUUAUCAGAGCGACGUUCUCAAGGAGUACCGUGAUCAACUGGCUAAAGCUCAAGUGGCCAAUGACUACCUCACUCAGUAUUUGCGAUCGCUACCACCGCCUAUGCCCAGAAAGGUAAGCUUUGCAUUACCUGACAAGUUUAAUGGUUCUGCUGAGCAAUGUAAAGGUUUCAUCCGCCAAGUAGAAAUCUUUUUCAUGCAUCAGGGAAGUGACUUUUAUUCUGAAGAGAAGAAGUGUGCAUUCCUCAUGUCAUUGCUAACGGGCAAAACGAUCGAGUGGGCCGCUGCAGUUUGGGAAACUGAUCGCUUGUUCCAAACAUCCUACCCGUACUUCAUAAAACAACUUAGAGAUGUGUUUGAAUACCCAGCAGGGGGCAAGGAUGUUUCCACUCGUUUAAUGCAGCUAACUCAAGGCUGCAGAUCCGCCGCUGAAUAUGCUAUUGAGUUCAGAACGCUUGCUGCUCAGAGUGGUUGGAACGAUGUGUCACUCAAGGCCCUGUUUCGUCGCAGUUUGAAUAUGGAGUUACAGGCAGAGCUUGCAUGUAAGGGUGAAGAGCACUCCUUUUCUGAGUAUGUCACAUUAGCCAUCAAGAUUGACAAUCUCAUGCGUACUCAUCGCCCUCAAAGCAAGUCAACGAGAGCCUCGCAAGCUACACAGAUUUCCGACUCAAGCCACGCCAAUGAUCAUGCCAGUCCUGAGCCCAUGCAGCUAGGGGUCACGAGAUUAUCUACUGAUGAGAGAUCAAGACGAUUUGAAUUCACAGCGCUGAUUGACUCUGGCUGAGCAUUAAACCUAAUUCAUCAGGACCUCAUUACAACAUUCAACAUUCCCGUCCAAAACUGUGAACCUCCACUCAAGGUAAACACCGUUAACAACAAACCCAUUGGAGAUGGCAUCACUCAACUAACUCUGCCCAUGAAAAUGCAAGUAGGACUAUUUCACCAAGAAACCAUCACCUUCUACGUCCUUGAUUCUCCGUGCCAUGAAAUCAUCCUUGGAUAUCCAUGGCUAUCUGUUCACGACCCAGUCAUCUCUUGGCAACAUGGUGAGAUCAUACAUUGGUCACAAUUCUGUUUUUCUAAUUGCCUGAGUAACACCAUUACCAAGUCUUGUUUUACCACCAGCAUAGAGAGCCCAGAAUGUAAGCCAGUCACCAUACCAUCAUGCUACCAAGAACUUCAGGAAGUCUUCAGCAAAACCAGAGCCACUCAACUGCCACCUCAUCGUCCAUGGGACUGUGCCAUAGAUCUCCUACCAAAUGCCAUACCACCGAAAAGUAAAGUAUGUCCUCUGUCACGUCCAGAAAGUCAAGCUAUGGAAGAAUACAUUGAGGAAGCUCUCAAUUCCAGUUUCAUUCGUCCAUCCACUUCCCCAGCAGCUGCAGGCUUCUUUUUCAUCGAUAAGAAGGAUGGAGGACUUCAUCCAUGCAUUGAUUAUCGAGGUUUGAACAAUGUCACAGUUAAGUUUCGCUAUCCUCUACCACUAGUUCCUGCAGCACUUGAACAACUCAGAGAAGCUAAAAUAUACACCAAGCUAGAUCUUAAAAGUGCUUAUAACCUCAUUAGAAUCAAGGAAGGUGACGAGUGGAAGACUGCAUUUUUGACCACUAGUGGGCACUAUGAAUACCAGGUCAUGCCGUAUGGGCUAGCCAAUGCACCUGCGGUCUUCCAGUCCUUCAUUAACAAGAUCUUCAAGGACAUUUUGAACAAAUAUGUUGUGGCCUACAUAGACGACAUCUUGAUUUAUUCCAAAUCUGAGGAGGAACACAAGGGUCAUGUCAGAACUGUACUCACCAGACUGUUAGAGAAUCAACUCUAUGUCAAGGCAGAAAAAUGUGAGUUCCAUGUCCAACGAACAUCUUUCCUUGGGUACAACGUCAGUCAUCAAGGUGUGGAAAUGGACAACUCCAAGAUCACGGCAGUCACUGAAUGGCCCCAACCCACUACAGUCAAGGAGCUUCAGCGCUUUCUGGGGUUUGCCAAUUUCUACCGACGCUUUAUAUGCAACUACAGCAUCACAGCAGCACCAAUAGCAUCCCUACUGAAAGGUAAACCGUCAAAGUUGAAAUGGACAGAUCACGCUACACAAGCAUUUACCAACCUCAAGCACCGCUUUACGACUGCACCAAUCCUAAAGCAUCCCGAUCCCAAUUUACCAUUCGUCCUGGAAGUUGACGCAUCCGACUGUGGAAUAGGUGCAGUGCUCUCCCAACGCCACGGACAACCAGGCAAGCUUUUCCCUUGUGCUUACUUUUCUAGAAAACUCACGGACGCUGAGCGAAACUACGAUGUUGGCAACAAGGAGCUUCUAGCUAUGAAGGCAGCCAUCGAAGAAUGGAGACAUUGGUUGGAAGGUUCCACUCACCCCUUCCAGGUAAUCACAGAUCACAAAAACCUUGAGUACAUAAAAAGUGCAAAAAGAUUAAAUCCUCGCCAGGCUCGUUGGUCCUUGUUCUUUACCAGAUUCCAGUUCACUGUGACCUACCGUCCUGGUAGUAAGAACAGCAAAGCUGACGCUCUCUCCAGGAGACAUGAUCACCCACAGGCAGAGAACCAACCUGAAUCCAUCUUGCCACUAUCCAUCAUCAUCGCACCAAUCACUUGGGAUCUGAUGGAUUAAAU